AUGGCCGCGGUUAGAACCUCACCGCCUCCUAUCGCGAAUCCGCCCUCGUUGAAUUAUCAGAACCCUUUGCCAAAUCCCUACUCGAAGCAAAGUGGCGAUGCUCCCCGUAGCCCCGCCCGUGUUCCCAAUCUCGACCCCGCCGGCAGCCUACGACUGCACGAUGGCCCCGUCACUCCUGUCCGUGUCAACUUCCAGCGGGAGAACUGGACUCAGCCCUCAAACGCCGAUAUUGCGCAUGCUCAGCAACGCGCCGCGCGCGUAGAGCUUGUUGAUCGCACUCUCCAUCCGCUCCUCUCUCCUCCAGCAGCAGCUCCUCAACCACCUCAUGACUUCAAGCCGGGGCUGUCGAGCCAGCAAGAAUUUCACGAUGCUGCUCAGGGAAUUCCGAAAACUGAUAAUGGCUUCGUAUCGCUCGAGACGUCUUUUGUCCAGAGACCCCAACAACCCCCACCCCGCCGCACGCGAAGCCUCAACGCUGACUCGAAAGUGCCACCAACCAUUACGACUACCUCCGACUGCUACGAAGCCAGAAAAAUCAGCCUGAAGGACGGAGUGCGCAAUCGAGGCCAGUUCUGCGACAGCCGUGAGUCCGACGAAACGGCCAGCACGAACCGGCAGCAAGCUUCGAUCGAGCCACCCGUAGCAACAAAUGCGAGCUCUUUAUCGGGUAUCAACGAGAAUGUCGAGCGUCAGACGAUUUGCGACUCCUCAGAAAACUUGGAUAUUGAGGGGAGCAUGCUUAGGCACCAGUCUGUUGCGAGCGGGUCAUACUUAGACCUGGCUGAAAGAGCUUGUUACAUCGGUCGCCGUCUAAAUGCUAGCUCGGGCAACUUUAAGAGAACUUCCUUGCCCCGACCGCAGUCGUCCUACUUUGCCUGCUCCGACUUUGGCCCUCGUCGCCGCUCCCCUGGCCUGAUGCCAGGGGGCUCCCCCAUGAAUGCUUCCUCGCAGAACCGUAAAUCACCAGAUUCGAGGCCGUCAUCGUAUGCGGAGUUGCUUAAUGUGCCGUGUCCCCACACAGCUCCGGCACCGCUGGCUCUCGACAACUCCAACCUUCGAACUGUUGUAGGCAACAACGCGUCUCUCCUCAGCACGCAAAAGACCCUAGACAUGUACCGUGCCAACGUCAAGAAGACCAAUGACUUGUCAAUCCAGUAUUCAUUUGCGGUCUUCUUGAUCGCCACCGCUCAGGAACAAAGUCUGGACGUGUCGGAUCUCAAGAUGCGCAAGAACAGCCUGAAACUCCAAAAGCGCUGCGACAGCCCGCCUGCCGAAGGAUCCCUUUUGAACCCCUGUGAGCUACUGCGCGAAGCUCGGAAAAUUCUCCAGCGUCUCGCCAGCGCUGGUUACCCCUUCGCUCAGUAUUACCUCGCCGACGCGCACACUUCUGGCCUCUUCAGUAAGGGCAAAGGGGACUACAACUCGGCUUUCCCUCUCUUCGUUCUGGCUGCGAAGCAUGGCCAUGCCGAGUCUGGUUAUCGAACCGCGCUGUGUUACGAGUUUGGCUGGGGCUGCCACAAAAAUCCCGCCAAGGCAGUGCAGUUUUUGCGAACGGCGGCUUCAAAACGACACCCUGGUGCCAUGGCACGCUUAGGAAAGGCUUGCCUAUCUGGCGAUCUCGGUGAGAAGCGAUACCGAGAGGGCAUCAAGUGGAUGAAGCUAGCUGCUGAAUCUGCUGAUGCCCAAUACAACUCCGCGCCUUACCAACUCGGUUGCUUGUACGAGAUUGGCUAUGGUGACGCUGUGUUUAAAGAUGGCAAUUAUGCCACAGAACUUUUUACGCAAGCGGCUGAGUUGGGCCAUCCUGAGGCAAACUGCCGUCUUGGUGAUGCGUAUGAACAUGGCCGGCUCAACUGCCCCCGCAACCCAGCUCUCAGUGUGCAUUUUUACACUGGCGCGGCUGAGCGCGGACAUGCUGAAGCCAUGAUGGGACUGUGUGCCUGGUAUAUGGUUGGUGCUCCUCCGAUCCUGGAGAAGGACGAGGAGGAAGCGUACGAAUGGGCGCGUCGAUCUGCCAGUCUAGGUUUCGUGAAGGCGCAGUAUGCCGUGGGCUACUUUGCAGAGAUGGGCAUUGGGCGUCGUCGUGACCUCCUAGAAGCCAGCGUCUGGUACGUCAAGGCCGCUGGUGCUGGAUAUGAGCGAGCCAAGCAGCGCUUGGCUAUUAUACAAGUAACGGCCAGCGGCCAGGGAACCCCUAUGGAGGUUGCUCCUCCUCGCGAAGGCAAGACAAAGAAGAACACUAAGGACGACAAGAACUGUGUCGUUAUGUGA